AUGGCGGCUGAGGGUGAGGUGCUCCGAUCUGCUCAGCUGGGUGUCAGAGUCAGGAGAGGCCCUGACUGGAAGUGGGAUGACCAGGACGCAGGAGGUGCAGGCACCACGAAGGAAGGCGCCAAUGCCGAGGGCUGGGUGGCCGUGAAAUGGGAUGCCGGUGGUGAGAACAACUACCGAGUAGGUGCACAAGGAGAGUACGACCUGAUGGUCGCAAGAGAUCCUAUGCCUGCAGUCCUGAGGUUUGCACAGAGUGGACUCAGAGUGAGGAGAGGACCAGAUUGGAAGUGGGGUGACCAAGACGGAGGAGGUCCUGGCACUACCCUUUCUGGGGAUGAUCAUGAUGGUUGUGUUUGGGUGAAAUGGGAUGCAGGCCGGCGCAACAAGUACCGAAUCGGUGCCGAAGGGAGCUACGACCUCAUCAUCGACUCCGCGCAGCCCGUGGAAGUUCUGAAGUCCGCUCAGUUGGGCGUCCGAGUGAAGAGAGGGCCUGAUUGGAGGUGGCAGGAUCAGGAUGGAGGAGGUCCAGGCACCACGGUGCCAGGUGCUGAUGAAGAUGGCUGGGUUCGUGUAAGGUGGGACCGCGCCACAAGGGCCAACAACUACAGGGUCGGUGCACAAGGAAGUCAUGACUUGGUCAUCGACUUCUCUCCACCUACUCCUACUCCUUCCGGAUCUGGAGAAGUGUUGAAAUCAGCACACUUGGGCAUCCGCGUGAGGAGGGGACCUGAUUGGGACUGGGGACCCCAGGAUCAUGGAGGCCUCGGCACCACCAUCCAAGGCGACACGGAAGAAGGGUGGGUGCGAGUGCGCUGGGAUUUGGGUGGUGAAAACAGCUACCGGGUGGGUGAACGAGGCAAAUAUGAUUUGAUCGUGGAUGCGACCUCCCCACCCUACGCACGCCCCGUUCCAGGCGAGGUCUUACGGACUGCAGAGGCGGGUAUCCGUGUGAGGAGAGGUCCUGAUUGGGAUUGGGGUGACCAGGAUGGAGGAGGCUUAGGCACCACUGAGGCUGACUCAGAUCCAGGCUGGGUGACUGUGAAGUGGGACCACAGUGGCCGAACAAACAGCUAUCGGGUGGGGAAGGAGGGCAACUAUGAUUUGAUCGUCGCGGAGCUGGAGAGCCACAUCCGUGUGGGGGAUCGCGUGAGGUUCACACAAGAAGCUGGAGACGUCAGCUUUUCCGGAUGCCCUGGAAGGACGCUGGCCUUCUCUGUGGGUGACACCUAUGUCGUCAGGGAAGUCCGUGAGGGCUGGUUCACCACAAGGCAGUGGGAGAACCUUUGGGCCCCCCUGGGUGCAGUCGAGCCCGACACUGCGGCGGAAGCCGCGAGUGAGCCAAGCUCGAGCGGCCAGCGGCCAGCAGCUGCUCCAGCAGCUGCUCCGUCGGAGAGUCUUGAAGCUGGUCAUGAUGAGCAGUGGCUGGACCCCGCGGAAGCCACUAGCAUGCAAUGCGCCAUUUGUUUGUCGGUCGCCCGCAACGCGUUAGCACAUGACUGUGGGAACCUUUUUUGCGAGCUAUGCUGGACUAGAUGGGUUGCAGAGAACCCCAGCUGUCCAGUUUGCAGGGAAGCAGGUGACACCAUUGUCAAGGCACCUCGUGACCGACGGAAGAUCUUGAAUCUCAUGGUCCGAUGCCCCCUGGGCUGCGAAGAGACCUUCCGUCUGGGCGACAAGGAGACGCAUGUGUCCCAUUGUGCCAAGCGCGCAGUGACAUGCUGCCAUUGUGGUGAGGAGGUGUUGGCUGACCAGAUCUCCAUCCAUGAGAAGGAGGAGUGCCAAGCGCGUCCCGUGCCUUGCGAGCUUUGUGGGGAGCGGGGGCGAGCGGAUCAGGUGGAAGAGCACAUGGCAGCCAAGAUGGGAUCACAUAUGUUGGCUUUGCUCAGGGAAAACCAAUCUUUGAAGAAUGAGAUCCAAUCUGUGACCACAGAGUGCCGGUCCUUGAAAGAAGAGUGCAGGUCCUUGAAAGAAGACACCCAGACCUUGAAGGAGGAAAGUGAAUCCUUGAAGGAAAAGGUGGCAAAGCUCGAAAAGCUCGUUUCUGUUGCAGCAGAAAGCUCUGAAGGAGCCCCGCUGCUCUGA